GCCGAAACACAAAAACCCGUGUGCAUCGGGUGUGUAAAAAGAGCGCGACCCCUAUCUCUUGUCGGUCUUGAAAUUGCUGGAACGACAACAGACAGAUAACAGAAAAUGGGCGUCCAUUUCUGCUUUCUGACUGCACUCACCUCAUCCAUGAGUCCCAUUCGUUGUACAUGUCUUCCAUGUUGCCAAAUAUUCUCUGAAUCUCCUGAGCGUGGUUCUGGAUCCGACGGAUCUCCUGCACGACCAAGAUACACCAAGACAUAGAGACACGCGAUAUAUAAAUAUGGACCACAUGGUUCACGCAUCUGCGCACUGACCUGCAGGUUCUGGUCGUUCAUUUCCUUGAUUUUGUUGGCCAUCUCGGGUUUCUUCUUUGGCUUGGCCUUUGCCUCCCCCUCAGCGGCGCCCUCUUCCAGCCCCUCAUCGAGGCCGUCCAUCUCAUCCUCUUCGCCCGCCGUCCCCUCGAUCAUCGCCCGCAUCUUGGCGAUCGGCGACUCAUCGCCCUCCAACGCCAAUCGCAGACUUUGAACCUGAUAAGUGAGUGGGAGAGACACAGACAGACAGACAGACAGACAGACAGAUGGGUGAGGGAGGGAUGAAUGGAGGGAUGGAUGGUUUGUGACCUCUUCCUCCCUCUCUUGCAGCUCCAGUUUGCAUUUCUCGAGCUGUGAUUUGAGUUUCUCUGUGUCGAGAAGCUUGGCCACGUCGGUGGGUGACGCCUCCAACCAGGGAUCCGUCUCAGGGACCAGAUGAACAGUACCUGCACGAACAAACCAACGGAUGAGCACGAGACACAUACGGAUGUGUGUGUCUCUGCCGUUUUCCCACCCCCCAACCUACCCACCUGAUUCGAGGUACUGCUGGAACACGUCUCGCAUGAGCUCGAGGCGCUCCAGGAACUUGUCCAACUCCCAUGCGUACAGGACGUCCGCGUGCCUACGUCGCCAUACACGCAGAGCCAUGGCAUCUGAUCAAUCUCUUUCUGUGUGUGGCGCAGUGACCUGUGGUCAGGUUUCCAUGUGUGUUUGGCCUUCUUGAAGACCUCCAUGAGCCCCGGUUUCCUCAGUUGACGGACAAUCAUUUGGAACUUCUGCUUGGCCGACUUGUCGCGCCACAGACGGACGAUGAACUCAGGCUCGUCGGACUCAUACGUGUACACGUCAGAUAUCACCUCGAGGGAGAACCUGAUGGAAGCGGUCUGAUGAGCAAAGUGCCUCGUGUGUGUGGGGAAGUGGGAGUGCACCUGAGUCUGUCCUUUGGUCUGAUUUCCUUGGUGAUGUCGUUGGCCUCGUCGACCAGCUUCUGGGCCUUGCUGAACGAAUGCAGGAACGCCUGAGCCUUGUACUCGCCUAUGCGGCCCUGCAAACAAUACACACACAUGGAUGUAUAAUACGGUCGGCCGGAAGUCAGUAUGCAGUGGGUACCCUGAGCUCUUCGAUGUAUGCCUUGGCCUGCACGAACGACUGGCUCUCCUCAUCCACCACCUCACCCAACACCUGACACACGGAUGGAUGGAUGGAUUGACGGAUGGACUUUGUGGUCUGAGUGCCAGCUGCGUUGCGGUGCAUACCUUAUCAAGGUCCCAGGACUCGUUUUCGUCAAGUGUCUGCUGCUUUGUCAUACCAACGGACUUCAUCGUCUGAAGCCACAAGGGAAGCCCGCAGACACGGCAGUGUCUCUAUAUAUCUUCAGUGUCAUUCAUGCCUCCGCUGCGCACCUCCAGUUCCUUGGGAACGACGAGACGAAAUGCAAAGGCACGUCCGAUGACGAGCCGGUCAUGGUGGUGGAGUGUGCUACCCUUGGUGUCCACCCGACGGCCGUUGACCAGCACACGGUUCUCAGAACCGUCAGACGGCACUAUGCGGGAUCGGGAUCAUGCAACGAUGCAUGUCUCUGUCCUGUGUGAAUGUAGGCAUGUAGGUGUGCGUGCGGCCUACCAGUAAUGACAAGGUGCGAGUUGUCGACAUUGGUGAUGGUGCACAUUCGGGAAUGGACGGCGAGACCCUUCAAAGUGAUGGUGCACUCCUGAUAGACGUGAAUGACCAGUGACAAUGAGACACCGACAUGCGGAUCGACUGGCCGGCUCUCACCUCUUCGCUUCCAAUGGUGGUGUCCUCGCCGUUCUUGAGGAAAUACAUCAGGCACCCUGGUAAUGGAGACACGAACAGAUAUGUCAGGAAGACGUGACGGCUCGCGGCAGCUGUCUGCUGGCCGGCAGGCAGACAGGCAGGCGCACCGGAGAGCAUGGGGUCAUCAGAGAUGUUGAGGAGGUAGGGGCACUCCUUCUCCACAUCAAACACACUACCGAUAUCUGCAGAGUGGAGUCCCAUUUGUCGCAUGGCUUCUUCACGGAUGCGGUUCAUCUCCUGGGUCUUGCGCAUCUGAGGCACCACCACACAAACACAACGGACGUCGUGCUCACUCGCUGCCCGUCUCUGCAUUGAUACCAUUUCUUCCCAUGAGGUCUUGUAGUGGUUCACCAGGUCCUCUCUGACACACACACACACACACACACGCGCACACAUCAGAACACAGACAGAAGGUCAGGCGCCUCGCCAACCUUUCCGCCAGCUGUCUCUUGAUUUCAUCCGAGGCUAUGCCGCCACCAGCACCAGACAUGAGCUGCAGCUUCAGCCUGACAACGGACACACACACGCACACACACAUAAAGACACACACACAUCCACAAGGUCAGCGCGUGAAGUCGCCCAGCAUACAUACUUACUUUUCGAUCUCUUUUUGCAGCGAGGCGACGAUCUUCUCAUCCGACUCCUCGUUCUUCUUGGCGUGUGUCUUGACUUUCUUGCACGUGGCGGCGAACCUGAGAGUGGAGAGGGUCUCCUCGUAGUUGGACUUGGCCGGCGACAGCGCAGCUAUCAUCACCGUCUUGGAGUUGCCGCUCAACGAGUCGCUGACACACAGGGAAGCAAAUGUGUGUAUGUGUGUGUGUGUGUCUCGUUCGGCAAAGCACCUGAGAAGGUAUGUCAGCUUGGAGUUACGGAAAGGCACGUGAGCGCCCUUCUUCCCUGACACACAGCACAUACGUGCAACGCCAUAUGCAUGUCUAUGUAGCCAAACGCAUUGGUGCCGACUGGAUGACCUCCUGCUUUCUCUGCGAGUCCCGAAAUGACAGUUCCCAGGUUGGACAGCGACUGGUUGAUGGCGGCACCCUCCUUCAGACGGUCACCCUCAGCGCCUGCACACACACACAGGCACGCAGGCACGCAGGCAGACAAAUGGUGUCUUGACCACACAGAUACACAUGGAUCACUUGACCUGUUUUCUUUUGUCUCUCGCUGCCCGCCAGGUCGACCAGGUUCAUCUGCGAGCGGCGUUGCUUCUUGGAGCCGUCCUCGACCAUCGUCUGUCAGUGACAACCGAUAAAGAUGCCGCACACACCUUCGUCUGUUCCCCAACUGGCACCGCAUUAACGUGUCCUACUGACUUGCAGGAAUUUGACAACGAACACGCCGUGGGAUCGAGACGAGACGGCGUUCAUGUUGGUGGACCCGAUGGUGCGGUUCUUGUUGCCGAAAUCGAGCAGCUGCUCCACAUCCUGCAUUCCAUCCAUGCGAUGCGCACAGACAGAUAGACAUAUGCCAGCCGUGUCAGUCAGUUACGUGGAAUGAGACGGCGGCUGAUUCGGUGAGUCCGGGGAUGUAGACGCCCAAUUGUGGGUGCUGGCGGAUCUCCAGCGCCUUGGCCUCCUCCUUGGUCGGCGGCAGCAGCAAAUCUUAUCAUACAUUCAUGCAUACCAAAAACAGAGAGAAAACAGUUCCAUCUUUCUUUCCCUCUUUGCGUAGUUCGUUGUCUUUGCCACCUUUGAUGCGCUCGUUGUAGAUUUCCAGAAAGCUGAUGAGCACCUGAUACUCUGCCUGCAAGCCAAUUACACGAUCGAUCGUCUCGCCCCCCGUGUGUGUAUUUGGUCUUUGCCCACUGUGCCGCUCUUCUUCCCCUCCUCGAUGAUCUUGAACAGCCCUUCGCACACCUGAAAGCGACACAGAGACCAGAAUCCCUUCCUUCCACAAGGUCCGCAUCUCGAGUCGGUUGCUGUUUACUCGUGGCAGCAGUCCCUUGUCUGUCGGCGUCCCGAUCACUGAGUGGCUCUUGCCCGAACCCGUUUGCCUUAAGGGAGCAAGCAGGAAACAUCAGUCUGCCUGUCUGCCUGUCUGUCUGUCUGCAUAUCUGUGUCUCCCUCUCUGUACGUGUCUCUCACCCGUAUGCGAAGAGGCAGCUGUUGAAGCCUUCCAUCGAGUUCUUGAGGAGCAUCUCGCCCUGGUCCUUGCUGCAACCAGACGUAUGAGACACAAAGACACACAAUACACCCACAGGUAUUCCCGGCCUCUUGUCUUGUCGUGUGGAUGUGACUGACUAGAUGGUUUCCUGUGUGGCGAAGGUGGGGUCUGAGGGAUUGUGGCUCCAGUAAGAGAAGUCGAAAUCGAACUUCUUGGGCUCGGCAUCGGGCUUGGUCGGGUCAGCGAUGAACGUCGUCUGCCCUGCACACACACGCACACACGCACACGAUACACACACGCAGAGAAUCAGGGUAUGGCCGACUGACUGAAUCAGGGCCCUGCGUGUCCUUCUCAUUCGUUACCGAUCAUUUCGAUAAUGCAGGUGUCCUUGAGCUCCUUCUCUCUGUUGUUGAAGGGCCUGACCCUCACGGCCACCUUGAUGCUGACCCCUUCGUCCGCCAUGGCUUGCUUCUUUACAGACGGGGGGCGUAAGGGGGCCUCUGCAAGGGGAAAAAGGGGAUGGGAGAGUGGAGAAG